UCCGUGUAGCGCGGCGACGCGCAGCGGCAGGCGAUGUGGAUGCUGGCGCGUCGGGGCUCAACAGGUCUCCAAGUGGCGCUUAGAAACUGUGGAAGAACUUUUGCACGAUUUGCUUUCAGUAGGAGUCAGAAAUAACAUGGAGUUGAGGGACUAUCCAAGAAGUCAUUAUGAUAAUUUCAAUAUUAGUUUCUAUUUAGGCAUUUCCUAUUUAUUAAACACAGAUGUGCGAAUUAACAAAUGGGGCGGUUUAAAGCGCAAACCUAGUAUUGCUUAUUGAAUUACGUUCUAAAACUUUUCUAGGACAUUUAGUGACAACACUUGCCCUUAUCGAGUUACUCCGGAUCCCUUUGGCUCGUAUGGGACUGAGGCACUCAUCGCGGUGCCUGCUCCUGCGGAGAAAGAUGGCGGAGGCGGAGAGCUCGGAGCAGCAGCAGCAGCAGCAACAUAUUUCCAGUGCUCCCUCAUCCCAGUCCUUACAACCAUCUCUACUACCAAAGCCAGUCACAUCCGUUCAUCAUGUUCCUCACCCUCCACACACGCCGCACGUCUCCGCGCUUUCUGCCUGUCCGGGCCGAGGCAAGAUGGCCAAGCUACUCAACCCGGAAGAGAUGACAUCACGGGAUUACUACUUUGACUCCUAUGCCCACUUUGGUAUUCAUGAGGAAAUGCUGAAGGAUGAGGUUAGGACACUGACCUAUAGGAACUCCAUGUACCACAAUAAACAUAUCUUUAAGGAUAAGAUAGUUCUAGAUGUGGGUAGCGGAACCGGAAUCCUCUCCAUGUUUGCUGCCAAGGCAGGAGCCAAGCAUGUAUAUGGGAUUGAAUGUUCCAGUAUAUCAGAGUAUUCAGAGAAAAUCAUCAAAUCAAAUCACCUGGACAAUGUUAUUACCAUCAUUAAAGGGAAAGUGGAGGAGACUGAAUUGCCGGUGGAUCAGGUGGACAUCAUCAUUUCAGAGUGGAUGGGCUACUGUCUUUUAUAUGAGUCUAUGCUCAAUACUGUCAUCUAUGCCAGAGACAAAUGGCUGAAACCUGGAGGUUUCAUGUUUCCAGACAGAGCGACCUUAUAUGUGGUUGCCAUUGAGGAUCGGCAAUACAAAGACUUCAAAAUCCACUGGUGGGACAAUGUCUAUGGUUUUGAUAUGACGUGCAUUCGGAACGUUGCUAUGAUGGAGCCCCUGGUGGACAUAGUAGAUCCUAAACAAGUGGUGACCAACUCCUGCCUCAUUAAGGAGGUGGAUAUCUACACGGUGAAGCCUGAAGAUCUGAUGUUCACCUCGGCCUUCUGCUUGCAGAUCCAGAGGAAUGACUAUGUUCAUGCUCUCAUCACGUACUUCAACAUUGAGUUCACCAAGUGUCACAAGAAGACGGGCUUUUCUACAGCCCCUGAUGCUCCCAGCACUCACUGGAAGCAGACAGUGUUUUAUCUGGAGGAUUACUUAACGGUGCGGAGAGGAGAGGAAAUCCUGGGCAGCAUCACCGUGAAGCCCAACGAGAAUAACGAGCGUGACUUGGACUUCACCUUUGAGCUGGAUUUCAAAGGACAGCUCUGUGACGCAGCCAUCUCCCACGACUACAAGAUGCGGUAAAACUCAAGCAGCAUCCUGAGUCAGGCCACCGUUUCCCAGGAAGAUUGGAGAGACAGAAUGUGUCUCUGCUCUGCCUCUUUCUGAAUCAGAGAGACUACUGAACUGCAGGACCCUCAGUGAUGUCAUCAGAGAGAGUCCAGCACUAAAAGCAAUAGUGUCAUCACGUGUCAAGAUCUUGAAUGCACACAGAGGAUAGACUGUGAAAACAUCACACUGAAUUUAACUGUUAAUGAGUCUGAGAAUGUCAAAGUUUGUGUUUAUUUAACCUUAUAAGAUAGGAAAGUAUUACUGAAUGGCAUAUGCCAAUGUGAAAUUGUACAAAAGUGCCUCAUGGAACAAGGCUUCAGUUUGGAUUAUAUUUAAGUGCUUUUAUUGGGUUCUAUGUAUUGGGUUAGUGUUGAGUUGUUUAAUUUAGUGACCAUUGCCGUGUUUUCUGCCUUUGCUUUAUUUUAAGUUAUUCAGGAUUCACUCAACAUUUCACUUCAAGAUUUUUCUAAAGAACCUCUAAGAGCAGCUACAAGAAUUAUAAGAGAUUUUAAAUCAUUCUUAUAAACUGUACAAACUUUGUUAUUUUAAAAUAUCAUUAUGUGACAGUUUUAACUUAAGAAGAUUUUUGGUUUCGUGUUCUCAUUCAAUUGUCAAGUCAUUGUUGGAGCCACCGACGUUUGCUCCUUUGUGUAAAACAAGACAAGCAGAGCAGUUCAAAUGAAGACAACAAACGAGGCAUGACAUCCAGCCUCAAUAAUAUAUCUGAAGAUUUUAAUGCUUCGUGUUGUUGUCAUCAACUGAACUGUCUCUGCAAACAGCAACUGAAAUGCUUCUUGUUCAAGGAGUAAGGUUUUACUUGCCAGUUUGAAAACCAGGAUCAUGAUGCUAGCAAGACUUCAGGGGGAUUGAAUGAGGCUAUUGUAAUUCCAAAUAAAUGGGAAAUAACAAACAAUUAAAGGGAUAGUUCACUUUCAAAUAAAAUUUUGGUAUGUUUUAGCUUACCUCAAGGGCAUCCAAGAUGUAGAUUUCUUUGUUUCCGCGGUAGUUUCCAUUUUGAUAUUUUUAUGUCAAACUGUUCUUGUCUGUGACUCAUAUAAUGCAGCACUAUGGUCACCACCUCAAAGAGCAUGAACAGAGAAGUCCAAAUUAAACAAUUCCCCAUCGUUUGUGUGAGAAAACAAACAGUAUUUAUAUCGUUUUCACCUCUUGUACACAACCACGUCCAACUGAUCUGAGGGCGUGCGUGCUUCCUGGUGUGUGACAUGUGCGCGUUCUGGCUUAGUCUGCGCCCCCGAAAGCAAACCUCAGAAACUUCCUGUUUUGGAGAAGGAUAGAGACAUGGAUGUAUGCAUCUUUAAGAUCUAUCGUGACAAACCAGUCCUCGGACCUGAUCUGAACCACGACCUGUUUGAGAGUGAGCAUUCUGAACUUCAGCCACUUGACUGAGCAUUAUAAUAGACAUAGAUCUAAAAUUAGACGCAACCCUCCAUCCUUCUUUGGAACAAUGAAGUACCUGCUGUAGAAACCGGACUCUCUGUCGUGAGGAAAGACCACCUAUAUGGCCUCCUUCCUCAGGAGAGUGUGCACUUCCUGUUCCAUUAAAAGUGAAAGUGAAAAGCCCACCAGCAUGGGAGUAACUCCGUUGAACCGAGGCAGCGGAGAACCAAACUGGAUUCUGUAGCUUCUUUCUACAGUGUGCAGGACCGAUGGAGACACAUUUGGCAGUAGUUUCAAGGGAGUUUCUCUGGUGUAAUCAUAACAGCUAGAUUGGUGCCCUGUAACAGUUGAUCGGCAGGAGAACUAGCCGUUCUAGAGACCUCCACAGAGGUGGCGAGCCUCUCAGCACCACUACGUUUUCGGGCGGUAACUGAGGGUGGUGCUCAUGGGAGACCACUGUGCACUGUAACUCCGGCAGGGUUUGCAGAAUGAUCUCCUGAGGGCACUGAGAUGAAACGGACACUGUGUAAUGCGGAGUAACCCGCUGCACCCCAGAGGGGACUGCCCUCAUAAGCCCUGGGCCAGUGGUGUCAGGACUUUUUGGCCGAGGACCUCUCAGCCUUAAGUCGGUCCUCAGAUCCGGCUUAGGCUUAGUGGCCCCCGACCAAGAGCGUCAUCUAGACCCAUGGUCUCACUUAGACGGGAGCAUGUGAGACGUUCUCUGACUGAGAUAUAUUUAGUACGGCUGGUCAUGUAAAGUCAACAUGGCUGCCAGCAGGCACAUUUAGUGGGUUUUUCAAAGUAAAUAAACAACAUAAGGUUCACACAAUCUGCAAAGUCGCACU